AUGAAGGCAUUUCUAUUGAGCUCUGAAUUGAAUUAUAGUAGAGUUUAUGUGGAUUAUUUUGGUUUGGCUCCCGGGGAAACCCAAAGAGUUUUGAUAAAUUGCACAAAAUUGGUGAAAACUGUGUUUUUGGACAGUCGUGUCGACAAUGAGGAAACAAAACGAGCGGUUUACAAUCUGAGAAACUUCUCCAUUUGUAGUUUUUUAAAUAAUCGGUCGAUUUCCAAGAUUUUUUCGGUUUUAUAUGAAGGGUUUGUGGGUAAUUCCACGGUUUUCAAGUGUCCUAUUCAACCGGGUAUUUACUAUCUGAGAAACAGGUUCAGAAGUAAUUUGGUUCCAGCAUUUCAUCCCUCUGGCACUUUCCGUCUAAGCUCCAGAAUAAAGGUGGAACCAAAGGGACCCAUUGCUUUGGAGCUCAUCUGGCGAUAUAGAGUUAUAAGAACAUGA